GUUGACAACUAUUAUUCCUUCUUCCCCACUGAAGUCAACAACCGGGCUUAAAGAGCAUAGCUGCCUGUUCGCCAGUGUCAACCAGAAACGACCAGCAACAUGUCUGAGAAGCUACCCUUCAAAGUCGCUGACAUCAGCCUGGCAGAGUGGGGACGUAAAGCCAUUGAGAUUGCGGAGAAUGAGAUGCCAGGUCUGAUGAAGAUGAGGGAGAUGUACGGGCAGUCUAAGCCUCUGAAGGGUGCCCGUAUCGCUGGCUGCCUGCACAUGACCCUGCAGACGGCAGUCCUCAUCGAGACCCUCACUGCACUGGGAGCUGAGGUUCAGUGGUCGAGCUGCAAUAUCUUCUCAACUCAGGACCAUGCUGCCUCUGCUAUUGCCAAAGCCGGCAUUCCAGUGUAUGCCUGGAAGGGGGAGACAGAUGAAGAAUAUGUGUGGUGCAUCGAGCAGACCAUCUACUUCAAGGACGGACAGCCACUCAACAUGAUCCUGGAUGAUGGAGGGGACCUGACUAACCUGGUCCACAAGAAGUAUCCCAAACUGCUGGCAGGUAUCCGGGGCGUUUCUGAGGAGACGACCACUGGCGUGCACAACCUGUACAAGAUGCUGAAGAACGGAGAGCUCAAAAUACCAGCCAUCAAUGUCAACGACUCUGUAACCAAGAGUAAGUUUGACAACCUGUAUGGCUGUCGGGAGUCUCUCAUUGACGGCAUUAAGCGCGCCACAGACGUGAUGAUCGCCGGUAAGGUUGCCGUGGUUGCGGGUUACGGUGAUGUCGGUAAGGGGUGUGUUCAGGCAUUGCGUGGCUUUGGUGCCCGUGUCAUAGUCACUGAGGUGGAUCCCAUCAAUGCUCUGCAGGCUGCCAUGGAGGGUUAUGAGGUCACGACCAUGGAUGAAGCCUGCAGGGAGGGUAACAUCUUUGUGACGACCACUGGCUGUGAGGACAUCAUCCUGGGCAGACACUUUGAGCAGAUGAAGGAUGAUGCGAUUGUCUGCAACAUUGGUCACUUUGACUGUGAGAUUGAUGUGAAAUGGCUUGAUGACAACGCUGCUGAGAAGGUCAACAUCAAACCUCAGGUGGACCGUUACCGCCUGAAGAAUGGCAAGCAUGUCAUCAUCUUGGCUGAGGGCAGACUGGUGAACCUGGGCUGUGCUAUGGGUCACCCCAGCUUCGUCAUGAGCAAUUCCUUCACCAACCAGGUCCUCGCCCAGAUCGAACUGUGGACAAACACCAGCAAGUACCCAAUUGGAGUCUACUUCCUGCCAAAGAAGCUGGACGAACAAGUGGCAGCAGCCCACCUGGACAAGCUGGGAGUGAAGCUGACCAAGCUGACAGAGAAGCAGGCCAAAUACCUGGGCCUUCCCCGUGAUGGCCCCUUUAAACCAGACCACUACCGCUACUAAGGACCCGGAGCCCUCCUUGCCGCAGUCACUGAUGCGCUUAAGGAUUAGUCAGGAGUUAACUUUGUUUCAGAGGAAGUCCAGGGAAAGCACUGUCAUUCUGGCAGAUAGAAUGGUUUCAUUAGGUGAAAGUGCUCACUCAUCACACCACAGACUUCUUCAGACUGCAAAAACAAGGCCUUUACAAUAUCAAAAUGUAGUGAUGUUUUUCAGAGCACUGCUGUGUAUUAAUUGCAUUCCCUGAUUUUUAUGAUAAUUGAAUUUAAGAAUAUCCAUGUUGUUAAAAUUCCUGACUUAAGUGCUCGAAACGGUGAACUGCAUCAGCAUGUCAGAUGAAUAAAGUCACCGCUGUUGGUUUGUCUGCGUUAUGUCAGAGUGAUUCCAGAGUUUGUGGACUAGUCCCGAACAGGUCUGUCUGCACUUUUCACUGUAUCCUGUGUAAACCAAGUAAAGGAAGUGGAGUUCCUCCAAAAAUAAAAAAAAA